AUUUUGCAUUGAACUAAACGUUUUUACUUUCCUCAAGUUUUUCUUAUAAAAUUGUAUUUGAACAGCGUAAUGUCUGCUUUAGGGGUAGUAGAACACCUCAGAAAUUUAGCUGCGGAUCCACAAAACAGGGCAACUAUUGUCAAAGUACGAAAAUCAAUUUUAAAACACACGAAUGUUCAAUGCUCUAUGAUCCGCCAUGUUUUAUAACAGCGUAUCCCUUUUUUCAUUAUUUUCAGGAUCAAGGAUGCUUGGCUGGACUCGUUUUAUUUCUUGAUAACGAAGAUGUGAACGUUGUAGUAACUGCACUAGAGGUAUGCAUUUCAUUUAUCUCUCUUAUGUCAGCGAAGAAGAACUUCAUAAAAUAAGAUUUCAUGAUAUUUUCAGGCUUUAAAGUUCCUCUCAGAAUUUCACCCAAAUCGUUCCAAAAUGAGGGAUGAAAUAGGAAUGGUUAUCAGCUUAAAAAGUAUCGUGAAUAAAGAAGGCUACAAUGCUAAAGCAAGACAAUUAGCCAAGGAAGUUUAUAAGAAUAUUCACGCCCAUGUGCCGACAGCCCCAAGUCAAAGGACAAGGUGAGUGAAGCUGAUAUUUUUUCGAUUGCUUGAUUUAUGCACAGCAGUCAACAUGCGUCAGAUAAUCUCAUCUCUGUAGAGGUAGACAUUGUUGCUAUGAAUGCUUGCUCAUUCACCCAGACAAUGUCACUGACUAGUGUUAUCAUUAUUAUUAUAGAUAUCAUUUAUUAUGAUAAUAAUCAUCAUUAUUAUUAUUAUUACUAUUCUUCUUAUUCCAGUCAACUCCGUCUCAGAAGGACACCUUUGGGACCGGCAGUAAGUGUCUGUCUUAGAGAGAUGUCUGUCUUAUAGAGAGUCAAAUAAAGGGAGCAAAGAAAGGCAGGGACCAACUCUAGGUGUCCGUUUUAGGGAGGUGUCCAUUAAGAGAGAGUCGACUGUAUUAUCAUUACUAUUAUUAUUUUACAUUGUCCAACUUCCACUUUUUUCAGCGGUACAACACAAGCUUUCUUUCUUGGCAACUUGAACAAGAGGGCUAAAGUAAUAAUUCUUCAAAUCAAGGGCUUAGCAAAUCAGGUUAGUAGAAUUUAACAACAAAAGUCAACGUACAGCUGCAAAAAAAUUUCAGCUUCACAAAUAAUUCAGAUUUGAAGAUUGUAAACAAAUAUUCCUGCACUCUGCAUUUGACAGGUCACUAGAAAACUGUGUGAGGAAGAGCUGCUAAAAGUAAAGGGAGUCAUCAGUUUCACAUUUGUCAUGAACAAGUCAAGAUGUGUGGUCAGAUGUAAGCUAGAGUUGUCACCAGAAGCACUUUGUGAUGCAAUCAACAAAACAAAAGUCCUGUCUGCCCAGCAAGUGGUAAAAAAUGAACAUGGAGAAGAGGUAUAACUUGCAUCCACUUUUAUUGACGGCAAAAGUAAAGCUUGGCCCUGACCUUCAAAGCCCAAGUCUGACCAACGCACCUCUUUACAAUGAGUGUACAGACGGUCUAUCAGUGUGGGUGCUCAUUAAAUAACCAGCUAUAUAUACUUCUAAUUUUGAGCAGCCACCUAUAUUUUGCCAUGCCUAGUUUUACAUCCUAGCUCUUUACUUCAAAACUUAAUGAGAACCCUGUCUAGCUAUUUAUUUUGAAUCUUUCCAAGCACCACUAACAUUAAGAUAAUGGCUAGUAUCUAUAAAUGUUUUUGUUAUAAUAUGGCUAGCUCUUGGAACAGUUAAGGCUCUGGUCCGUAAAUAAAAGGCCACGCAAUAAAUAACUUUUUAACCUCGUCCAUUCAGUAAUUACAGGAAAAUCUCAGCCAUCAAGGCCGAGGUUUGAGAUUUCCUUGUAAUGACUUCACUCUCAGUUAAUAAGAGUAGGAUGUAAUAUGGACCCCUUGUUGUUCUCAUUACAUUAGGUAAUGCUGUCAUUUGGAUCUGCUCCUGUCAGUAACUGUGCUAGAGGUAACAGCAGCAAAUUACCAGAUUAUCUGCCUGAAGAGGAUGAUGAUGUUCCAGUUAUAUCUGAUAAGGUGAGGCAGUUCUUUUCAAAUGCACCAAUCACUACUGAACAGAAACUGUAGCAACAAGGUUCCACCCAAUCAAUCAGCCUCAUUGUCCCAUUCAUUAAGACCAACAGUAAGUAUUGACAACAUCACCAUCAGGAACAAAAUGGCUAUUGCAAAACAAAAGAAAAUGAUGAACACCCCUUUCAAGAAUAAUUUAUUAGUUCAUAUGUACCAUGCAGUGAACAUUAUUUUAUGGCUCAGCAACCAAAUAAAAAAAUUCUCAGAGCCAGUUGUUUAUAUGAGGUGACCCAGCUCCCUGGUCAGUCAUAUAGAAUUUUUGUUAUGUUGAGUAGAUGCCCAGCCGGCUUACCAAGGUCUUAGUUACUUGAACUGAAAUCUCGGCAAGAGGGCAGCCCACCUUCCCACAUAAAUAGAAUGAAGGAAACAGGUUAUGAGCUCAGCCAGCCUGGUAACACCACAUAUAAAAAGACACUCAGACAGGUUUUUAUCUAAGAAAUAACACACCAUAUUUUGUCUCCUUUUCAGACAUGGCAUUGAAAAAUAUGUAGAGAUCGAUCGUCAACUCAUUUAGUGUCUGUAAUGAACAGGCAAAGGGAGGGUUCUUCAUUUAUAAACACACUUAUUAUUGUGGGAAUUUAUUUGCUACAUUGCACAGUGUUAGCAGCUUUUGCACCACCUAAUUCCUAUCAUUUCCAAAAUUCUUUGCAGGCAUUAACCAAGGUUGGAGGAGAAGAUAAAGAAAAUGGCUGGUUUUCUAGUGUAACUAGCUUCUUUAGCAAGACACUGUACUGGUAAAAAUGAGAGGACUGUGAAGCACCUUUUGUACAGAUUCGUUUAAGAUUUCAGUGAGAGUGUUGAUCAGUAAUAUGGUGCACUCGUUUACAGCUGGCUGAAAAAUUUUAUUGAUGUAGUUUAAAUACCUAAUGUCAGAAACCCCCCCUCCCAGAAACAACCUUUGUUAUGUAAAUAUUAAUUAGCCAAGUAGUUACUUUCUACAGGUUAUAAUAAAUAUUAUUGUUCACAAAUUGGAAAAAAAAUAUUGUAAUCUGUUUUAUUUGUUAUUAUGAAUCAAAAGCCUAUAGAUGUCUCUGUUUUGCUUUUUGACUUUGCAUAAGGGAUGUAGGGGAAAAAUCUGUCAUCUGUCUUUCAAGGCAUCAAGGUUAAUUACAUGCUGAGAACAAUAUCAAAAUUAAAUAAAUUUUAUGAUAAAAUUUAUUUAAUUUUGAUAUAUUGCACUCCCAAAUACUCUAUAACAGGACCAGG